UGUACAGUUUAAUCUUAUGAUUUUAGUCCCUAUAGCUUAUUACCUCAUCAAAUUGAGACUUUGUCCUUGCCUUCUUCUGGAGAGGGAUAUUUGGCGUUCCUUUGGUUUUUUUUUUUUUUUUGAAAUUGAGAAAACUGCUUCCUCUAUAUAUGGCAGUUCAGAUAUCUAUCCCCAAGCAGAGAAACAAAAAAAGGUUCAAUUUGUAUUCAUGUAUUAACUUUAGCUUGUCUGCAAUAUGACUUUAUCAUUGUUGCCACCAAAAAUUCCCAGAAACAGUGGUUCACUGUUCUUGAUCUUUUGGAUUCUACAAAGCACUAAUUUUUACUAAUUUCCUUUUGACCAAAAGCGAAAAAAAUCAAAACCCAUUGGUUCUUUCAUUUCAUUCUUCUUGAAGUAUUCACUUUUGUGUGAUUGUUAAAGGGGAAGUAACGUCUGUGAAAGAGCUUACUAAUACUUGCUAUGGACUGGGACUGGAACGACUUUGCAUGGGAUUCAAUUGAGUGGGAGGAAAAAGAGGAUAACAGCACCCUUGCUGGCCUUGUUGGUCCCGGUAGCUUGGGAGGACAGAAUAAUAAUAGUAGUAGUAGAGGAGGAAUUAUGGUGGACUUGAAGCUGCGUGGAAUAUCCGAUUUGGAGGAGAGAUCUGCAGACGGAUUAGAGUACAGAGGGCCAUUCAAAAGGACUCGGGUGAUGAGUGGAACUCAAAAUGUUUCAUGUUCAGUGGAUGGAUGCAAAUCAGACCUCAGUAUCUGCAGGGAUUACCACCGGCGACACAGGGUUUGCGAACGCCAUUCUAAGACCCCGGUUGUAAUCGUUGGGGGCAAAGAGCAGCGUUUCUGCCAACAAUGCAGCAGAUUCCAUUCUCUGGGGGAGUUUGAUGAUGUAAAGAGAAGCUGCCGGAAACGUCUUGAUGGACACAACUUGCGCCGAAGAAAGUCUCAGCCAGAACCCCUGUACCUGGGUUCUGAGGAGUUUCGGCCAAGUUACAAAGGCUCCAGAAUCUUGCAAUUCAGUAAUCCCCACAUAUAUGCAACUACUUCUCUGAGAGGCACCUGGCCUGGGAUGGCAAGCUCUGAAGCACAAGCUAUGGUUCAUAAUCAUUGCCGGGGAUUGCGCAUUACUGAAGGACAAAGUAUUCCGAAUUCCUUUGCUGUGAUUUACAAUGAGGAAAAUAAGAUGUUCUCUUUCUUACAGGAAAAUGGCCCUAAACUAGGCAGCCAAACAACCCCUGAAGCUUCCAUCCACCAGCCUCUUCCCAAUAGCAUUGUUUCAGCAGAAAGUGGAAGGGGUGGCCACAGUAUGUUGUCUGGCGAACCAACACAAUCCAUUGACUUGGGUUGUGCUCUCUAUCUUCUGUCAACACAUCCAACCCAAACUUCAGCAAUGGAUUUGAACCACUUGGUGCGGUCCAGCGUGAGCCAUCCAAGUCAAUCCAUAGACUCAGCACAGCAACUUGAUGAAGUGUCUCAGUGCUCAUGUUCCCAUGGUAUAAAGGACAAGUCUGCCGCAGGUCUAGUCUUGCUUCCCGAUUCCAAUGAAACCAACUUCUACUGCAAUGGAGUGUUUCAAGACGCGUUUGAUGCCUUGUUUGAAAGUGAGGCGUCACGAACUCUUCCAAUCUGGUGGGAGUAGUCAGCUUCGGAGAGAGUUUGGUUUUUAUCUAGCGAAAAAAAUGAACGAAUAAGAUCGACUCACAUGAAUAAAUGAGUAGAUCUUAUCCGUUCAUUUAUAACGAGAUACAUCUAAUGAUUUUUUUCACUAGAUAUAAACCAACUCCUAAGGUUAUUUCGUGGCUGGAUAAUAUGUAUUGGGGGACUAAGGCUAGUGGGCAACUAAAGUAGACUCCUAGUUUGCUUUUGGUUGGGGAAUUUUAUUAAUUUCCUUGCGAAGAAUUCAAUGUCUUGGAUUCUUGUCCUCUGAUACAUAUGAUUCUAUGUUUGUGCUCUUUGUAUUGUGUGGUAAACUUAUCUCCAUCCAUCAACCUUUGUGUUCUGUAUCAUAUUUCAAUUUUAAUUUCGAACUAUAUAUUAUUUCAAUUUAAUUUGUAAAAUACCUCAA